GAUGCUUCUUUCGAAGAAAUCAUUUUUCAUGAAGAGAUUAUUAGCGAGGAAACACGUGCUGGACUUGUAAAAUUGAAAGAACUAAAGCUGUCUAAGCUGCCAAGGCUCAAGCAUCUGAUGGACGCUAAACUACUCACAGUUUUUCAAUAUCUGGAGACUUUAGAAGUACUGGAAUGUGGCAGACUGGAAAUUUUAGUGCCAUCCUCAGUUUCUUUCCAAAAUCUCAAAACACUGGAGGUAUCAAAUUGCCAACGUCUAGUAAAUCUAAUAUCUUCCUCAACAGCGAGAAGUCUUGAACGACUUAGAAAAAUGAAGAUAGAGGAAUGUGGACUGAUCCAAGAAAUUAUAGUGACUGAAGCAGAUAAAGAUGAAGAAGAGAAGAUUUGCUUCGGUCAACUAAAAUGUUUGGAACUUCAAAAUCUACCAAGCCUCUCUAGCUUCUGCUCUGGUAGUACAAUCAGAAACUCAAACAGCUGAGAGAACCACCACACAGCAAUAUUAUGGUAAGAUACCCAUCUA